GCAAUCUCGAACUUGGUCCCGUCUCUCUCUUUCUAGGUCUCUUGCGACCUCUUUGCAAUUGGUUUCGAUGGGCAACAACUUUUGCAGGAACACUCGAAUCGACUGCGAAGUCUAAUGCAAAAGGCGAAGACAAGGAAUAACGCGAUUCCACUUCAAAUUCGGAUGCUGACCCAUCUUCACUUUCAGUAUCAGAAGAAGAUUAGGGUAUGUGUAGAGUUAUUAACUGAUUUUUGAGUGAUAAAUCUCUUUUUGACCGAAUGAUUAAUUUUGAAUCCUUCACCAUUUUUUUCCAAAUUCACAUCUAAUUAAGAACGAGAAAUCACACGAAAAAAAGAAUUUCCAAUUAAAAUAACUAAUAAGAUGUGAUUGUUCCGUCCUUCGACCAGUAGUGACUCAUAAAUUUCACUCGGAAUACAUGUCUAAAUGGGGAAAGUGAUUAUCCAACUGUAGAAGGGCGCGGCAAUCGAUUAAUACAUUCGCUUUUUGUAUAAAUUGAGAAAAACCCUACACAAAGCUUUCAUCUUUUUGUCUCUGCUUCAGCACUCACCAUAGACAUAGCUGUUGGCCGAAUAGCUCUCUUUUCUUGCUUUCAGAAACAAUGGCCCCCAAAACCAAAUCCCGCUUAGUAGACCAGCCUCCUUCUGCAUCGUCCUCUGAAGAACAAGAAUUGGUGGAGGAAUCCCAGGAAGAAGAAGAAGAACAAUCGAGGGAGGAAGAAGGAGAAGAAGAAUCAGGGGAAGAAACUGAAGAACCCAAGACAGCACAUCCUGUUGUAAAGAGAUCCAGCACUCAGAAACUCCAAUUUUCUUCUGAUUCCGGCAGCGAGAGUGGGUCAGGAUCCGAAUCCGGACAUUCCCUGCCUUCCCCUUCUGCAUUGGACUUCACCAUCAAGCCCAGUGUUCCUGCUAAAGCUGCCACCCCAUCGAAGCCAGCAGCAAAGAGGCCGCAAGAUACCCAGACAGAGAAAGGGAGGAAGAAGCCCAAGAUUGCAGAAGAAGAGGAGAAAAAAUCAGCUGCUACUCCUCGCAAUCUAUGGAGCGAUGACGACCAGCUUGCUCUACUCAAAGGUAUUGCUGAAUACAAGGCGGUAAAAGGUGUGGAACCUAUUGCCGAUAUGUCUGCUUUUCAUGAAUUCAUCAGGGGGAAGUUGCAGGUUGAAGCUUCAAAUAAGAGACUCCGAGACAAGGUAAGGAGGUUAAAGACGAAAUAUUUGACUAAUGUGAAAGAUAGUGAGGAGCCAGUUUUCAUGAAGGGUCAGGAUUAUCUAGUUUUUGAGCAUUCAAAGAGGAUUUGGGGUGCCCCUGGAACUAGUAAUGGAGUUAGCACUAAUGGCACAGCUAAAAUUACUGUUGAGGUUAACAAGAGCUCUGAACCUAAGAGAAGUGCUAAAGUCAGCAAACCCAAGGAUGAUGAGAAACAUAAGGAAGAAGAGAAACAGGUUGCUGUAAAAGAGGUGGUUAAGGAGGAUAUAGUUAAGGGUGAUCAACAGGAUUUCCAGUCUGAAUUUCCACAUUUGACUGCUUCAUUUGAAAGUAUGGCUGGCAUGUCGACAAUGUAUCCGAAUGGAACAAGUUUUUUGAAGGAGAAGAUGAGUUCCAUUGCUACUGACAAGGCUAAAGUGUUGGAUAAGAAGUGGAAGAAACUGGAGGAUGACGAAGCUGCCUUGAUGGUGAACCGUUUAGAUUUGAUUGCGGAGCAUUAUAGAUUGGUGGUCAAUGCAAUGAGUGGAAACUAGAUGCUGAUGGAUCAUGUUCUAUUCGAUGCUACAACUUCCGAUGCUGUUUCGGUGGAGUUUUAGGUUUUGUUUCAUAUAGUCUUGUUUCUCAAGACAGUUUUCUUCUCGCGAUGGUGUACUUAUGUUUAGUCCGUGAGGUAGAUUUAGUUUAUCAAGUUGAUCCAUACAUUUUAUUGCUUAGUUUUACUAGUGAACUGGUUUGAUGAUAUCCGCUGUGUUGCUUCUUAUAUAUGUUAGUGUGGUAUGGAGUGAUUGUCUUUACUAAGGGGUUGCAAUGAAAUGCCUACACAUUCCUAUCAUAUAUGCCAUAUACGGUGGAAGCAAACUUAUUAAUAGCUAAAGUGGAAUGUCUGGAGCUGUUCGGGUUCAUCCUUUGUAAUAUUGAAGAUAUUUUGCAGCGCAUGAAUGUGCACACAUACACCUUUAUAUGUAUGUGCAUGUCAACACACUUGCACUUCUGAAACCAUUGAGGCUUCUUCCCCCCUUUCUCUUUCUAGGUUUUCUUGCCGCCUCUUUGCUGCUGUUUCGGUGGGAAACAACUUUUGCAUAAACAAAUGGAAGAAGAAAAAAAGGUUGCUGUAAAAGAGGUCGUUACGGAGGAUAUAGUUACGGGUGAUCAACAGGAUUUCCAAUCCAAAUAUCCACGUUUGGCUGCAUCAUUUGGAAGUAUGGCUGGCAUGUCUACAAUGUAUCCGAAUGGAUCGAGCUUUUUGAAGGAGAAGAUGAGUUUGAUUGCUACAGACAAGGCUGAAAUGUUGGAGGAGAAGUGGAAGAAACUGGAGGAUGACGAAGCUGCCUUGAUGGUGAAGCGCUUAGAUUUGAUUGCGGAGCAUUUCAAAUUGGUGGUUGAUGCAAUGAGAGGUAACUAGAUGCGGAUGGAUCAUGUUUUAUUCGGUGCUACAAGUUCUGAUUCUGUUUCGGUGGAGUUUUAGAUUUUGUUUUGAUGUAGUCUUGUUUCUCAAGACAAUUUCUUCUCGCGUUGAUGUACUUGUGUUUAGUCUGUGAGGAAGCUUUAGUUUAUCGGGUUGAUUCAAACAUUUUAUUGCUUCUUUUUAGUUUUUCUAUGAACUGGUUUGGAUGAUAUCCGCUGUGUUUGCUUCUGGUUCAUCCUUUUAAUAUGUCAUUUCCUAUUCCAGAUGGAAAUAUAUUUAAAUGCGAUCUUUCUCA